UCAUGAGAGACAGAAAGAGGCAGAGAGAGAAGCAGGCUCCCCACAGGGACCCUGAUGUGGGACUCGAUCCCAGGACCCUGGGAUCACGCCCUGAGCCAAAGGCAGACAGACACUCAACCAUUGAGCCACCCAGGUGCCUCUCUUAUGUGGAAUUUAAGAAACAAAUGAGCAAAGUGGGGGAAAAAGAGAGAGAGACAAACCGAGAAACAGACUCUUAGCUAUAGAGAAAAAAACCUGAUGGUUACCAGAAGGAGGUGGGUGGUGAAAUAGGUGAUAGAAAUUAAGGAGUGCACUUGUGGUGAGCCCUGGGGUUGUAUGGUAGUGUUGAGUCACUGAAACAUACUACACUCUAUGUUAACUAACUGGGAUUUAAAUAAAAACUUAGAUGGAAAUAAGUAACUGUUAAAGUAACUGGAGUGUCUGAGGCUGCACUGUUGCAGGCCUGUUUGUUAAUCUCAAAUUAGAAUAUGUUAAUUUUGUAUUUACUAUGUUACUACAUUCUUAACACUAUUUUCACUGUAAUUUUGAUGAGAUUUAUUUUUGGUCUUUAUCUUUUAGAAAAUAUGAAUGGAGACUAUAGAGGCAGAGGAUUUGGACGAGGAAGAUUUCAAAGCUGGAAAAGAGGAAGAAGUGGUGGGAGCUUCACAGGACAAUGGAGAGAAAAAGAACACAGACCCGAUCUGAAUAAAACCAUGAGAAAACAUACUUCUGGUAGAGGAGAACAAACCUCACAGUCUUCACUACUACAAUCAACAUUGGACCAGUUCAUACCAUAUAAAGGCUGGAAGCUUUAUUUCUCCGAAGUUUACAGCAGUAGCUCUCCUUUUAUUCAGAAGAUUCAAGCAUUUGAAAUUUUUUUCACAAGGCGUAUUGAUUUAUACGAUAAGGAUGAAAUAGAAAGAAAGGGAAGUAUUUUGGUGGAUUUUAAAGAACUAACAGAAGACAAUGAAAUGGCUGACUUGGUACCAAAUAUAGCAAAUGAGUUAAGGGAUACACCUGAGAAAACCUUGGCUUGCAUGGGUCUGGCAGUACAUCAGGUAUUAACUAGGGACCUUGAAAGGCAUGCAGCUGAAUUACAAGCCCAAGAAGGAUUUUCUAGGGAUGGGGAAACAAUGGUAAAUGUGCCACACAUUCAUGCCAGGGUGUAUAACUAUGAGCCGUUGACACACCUCAAGAAUGUCCGGGCAAAUUACUACGGAAAAUACAUUGCUCUGAGAGGGACAGUGGUUCGUGUCAGUAAUAUAAAGCCUCUUUGCACCAAGAUGGCUUUUCUUUGUGCUGCAUGUGGAGAAGUUCAGAGUUUUUCUCUUCCAGAUGGAAAAUAUAAUCUUCCCACAAAGUGUCCUGUGCCCACAUGUCGAGGGAGGUCAUUCACUGCUCUCCGUAACUCUCCUCUCACGGUUACGAUGGACUGGCAGUCAAUCAAAAUCCAGGAGCUAAUGUCUGAUGAUCAGCGAGAAGCAGGUCGGAUUCCACGAACGAUAGAGUGUGAACUUGUUCAUGAUCUUGUGGAUAGCUGUGUCCCAGGAGACACAGUGACUAUUACUGGAGUUGUGAAAGUCUCAAAUGCUGAAGAAGGUUCUCGAAAUAAGAAUGACAAAUGCAUGUUCCUUUUGUACAUUGAAGCAAAUUCUGUUAGUAAUAGCAAAGGACAAAAAACAAAGACCUCUGAGGAUGGGUGUAAGCAUGGAGCAUUGAUGGAAUUCUCACUUAAAGACCUUUAUGCUAUCCAAGAGAUUCAAGCUGAAGAAAACCUGUUUAAACUCAUUGUCAACUCACUUUGCCCUGUCAUUUUUGGUCAUGAACUUGUUAAAGCAGGUUUGGCAUUAGCACUCUUUGGAGGAAGCCAAAAAUAUGCAGAUGACAAAAACAGAAUUCCUAUUCGAGGAGAUCCACAUGUCCUUGUUGUUGGAGACCCAGGCUUGGGAAAGAGUCAGAUGUUACAGGCAGUAUGCAACGUUGCUCCACGGGGUGUGUAUGUUUGUGGUAAUACCACAACUACCUCUGGUUUGACUGUAACUCUUUCAAAGGAUGGUUCCUCUGGAGAUUUUUCUUUGGAAGCUGGUGCCCUUGUACUUGGUGAUCAAGGUAUUUGUGGGAUAGAUGAAUUUGAUAAGAUGGGGAAUCAACAUCAAGCCUUGUUAGAAGCUAUGGAACAGCAAAGUAUUAGUCUUGCUAAGGCUGGCAUGGUUUGUAGCCUCCCUGCCAGAACUUCCAUCAUUGCUGCUGCAAAUCCAGUUGGAGGACACUACAAUAAAGCCAAAACAGUUUCUGAGAAUUUAAAAAUGGGGAGUGCCCUGCUGUCCAGAUUUGAUUUGGUCUUUAUCCUGUUAGAUACCCCAAAUGAGGAUCAUGAUCAUUUACUCUCUGAACAUGUGAUUGCAAUAAGAGCUGGAAAGCAGACAACUGUUAGCAGUGCCACCAUAACUCGUAUGAAUAGUCAGGAUUCAAAUACUUCUGUACUUGAAGUAGUGUCUGAUAAACCAUUAUCAGAAAGAUUAAAGGUAGUUCCUGGAGAAACAAUAGAUCUAAUUCCCCACCAGCUAUUGAGAAAGUACAUUGGUUAUGCUCGGCAGUAUGUCUAUCCAAGGCUAUCCACAGAAGCUGCUCAGAUUCUUCAAGAUUUUUACCUUGAGCUCCGGAAACAGAGCCAGCGGUUAAAUAGCUCACCCAUCACUACAAGGCAGCUGGAAUCUCUGAUUCGUCUAACAGAGGCACGAGCAAGACUGGAAUUAAGAGAGGAAGCAACCAAAGAAGAUGCUGAGGAUAUAGUUGAAGUUAUGAAAUAUAGCAUGCUAGGAACUUACUCUGAUGAAUUUGGGAACCUAGAUUUUGAGCGAUCCCAGCAUGGUUCUGGAAUGAGCAACAGGUCAACAGCAAAAAGAUUUAUUUCUGCUCUCAACAACAUUGCUGAAAGAACUUACAAUAAUUUAUUUCAAUUUCAACAACUUCGGCAGAUUGCCAAAGAGCUAAACAUUCAGGAUGAAUGCUCUGAAUAUCUCCGUGAAGUCCAUCUGGUUGAGUAUGUCAUUCAAAGCCCUUGUUUCCUUGUCGAUCUACUGCUUAGAUGAUCUAUCCAUUGCUGUUGUUGAUUUUGAAAAUUUUAUUGGAUCACUAAAUGACCAAGGUUACCUCUUGAAAAAAGGCCCAAAGGUUUAUCAGCUUCAAACUAUGUAAGUGGACUACCGAACCAGGACCUCCUGGGAUUAUUAGCAGUUUAAAACCAUCUCAUAAAUAAACAAACAAACCAUCUCAUUAAUAAACAAUAUCUUAAAAAAAAAUACUGUUCUCUGGAAAAUGAUGUCCUAAAACUAAUGUAAUACGAAGAGACUGUUGAUUUUUAAGAAGUGAUAAAGUUACGUGUUUAUUUUUUACAGCACCUCUGAAAG